AUGGGCAUCAUUCGCAAGACCGUUCUCGGAGUGACUGCCGGCACAGCUGCAGCAGUCGGCUACCUUCGCCUGUCGACGAGCAUCAUCGCGCCUAUUCCUCUCAACGACGCGCUGUACAGCUCCGGCGUAUAUAAAAAGUAUAAUCCGCAUCGUAACGCCGCCACCAACGAUAUUUGCGUCAAGACAAUCCCUCUUAACCGCAUCCGCCCAGAGCUGCUCCAGAAGGAGGGCGAUCUUGCUCUAGAGUUUUGUCGUGGCGUAUGGAGUGGCUGGGGUUACGAAAUACAGCGACGUUUUCUGCACCGCAAAUGGUACAGCCCUGAGACGUCGUCGCAGCUCUGGACUCGAGACCAGCUUGCCGCCUCCAGCUAUGAACCCGGCACAGUUCUGACAGACCACUUUGAAGUGGUGGACCGCACGCCCAACGAAGUCAUUGUCCGCUGCGGUGAUUCUCCCCGCAACGGUGGCCCGCGGCCUUCUGACGGCCUGUUUGCUAUUGGCGCCACCAUUGACCAAGAGGCUCAGGUUGCGCGCCUGACGCUCAAGAGCUGUCUCUUCCAUAGCGAUCGCAAGGUCGAGGGCGAGAACGGGCCUAUGCCGGGCUGGAUGGAGAAUCUUCACCAGUGGUAUGCGCGCAUUUGGAUGGCCAGCGGAAGCCGUCGGAUAGUUCGGUAA